UUGGAAGCACCAAGAGAGCAAAAAUAUAGAAUGGAACAGCAGCCUAGCCCUGAUCAAGGCAAUGGUAAUCAGCACAUCCAAAGCAUUGACGAGCAAAGAGCUCGUUUGCCUCCACCUAGAAACAAUAAAGCGUAUACCCAGGAGGAGUUUGCUGCUUUAGUUGCCGCUGGUUAUUCUGUCACACCCAUUCCAGUAGGUCAGGCAAAUGUUCAAGUAGCACAGUCCAGAUCUUCUAUUGAGCCGGUAUUAAUCCAACCACGUAGACCUAUAUACAGACGUCAAUAUCUGCCUUUUAGAGGUGAUGAUGCUCCAUGA